CGCAGUAAUAGGGUCCUACGAAAUUGUGGAUUGUUUAUCCUAUAUUUAUAUUUAUUGAAUUGAUGUUUAGACCACUGUGCGACAUCAACAUGGCGAUUUGCAUCGUGUACGUGGUGCUAUCUUUUUGUGCUGUUUUCGGUGCUGUUGUAGCAGAUUCAGAAUAUGGCGAAGGGGCUCACAGUUACUCGACGGAGGCAUUUAAUAACAACGUCAUUAAAUUUAAGAACAAACAUUUUGUGAUGUUUUAUGCACCUUGGUGUGGCCAAUGCAAGAAGCUCGCUCCAACAUGGGAUGAACUUGCCAAAAUCUAUAAUGCAGCCUCACCAGAAAGGCCAGUUGUUAUUGCUAAGGUUGACUGCACGGAGGAGACUGCAGUGUGUGAUGAUCAGGGAGUUACUGGGUAUCCAACACUCAAGUUUUUCUAUCAGUCUUCAAAACACUUUUCACUCUAUGAAGGUGCAAGGGACUUAGACGCUCUCAAAACGUUUGUGGAGGAACAGUUUCGUCAGGCUGAAGUGCUGGACUUAACAGCGGAUGAUUUUGAUGAGGUUUUGGCUCAUGGAAUGGUAUUUGUCAGGUUCUCUGCACCAUGGUCUGGACAUUGCAAGUGGCUUGCACCAGUAUGGGAAGAACUCUCUAAGAAGUUUGUGGGUGUUGAAGACAUCCAUAUUGCUAAGGUGGAUUGCACUGUACAAGAGGAUCUGUGCAAGAAACAUGAGAUACCAGGCUAUCCGACACUGAUCUUGUUCAACAACGGUGUGAAGAUCACUAGGUAUGACGGCGACAGAUAUCUUGAUUCCCUUUAUUCAUUUGUUGAACAAAAUAAAGUCGUGGUAAAAAGGGACGAGUUGUAGACACACCUGCCGAGUCUGCACAAGAACUCUACACAACUUUAACUUUUGACCUCACAGAUGUCAGGUAGCAUCUGUGACAGAGAUGUGUGAAAUGUGUAAGUUAUUAAUGUUAUAGUAAAUACUUUUUAGCAUAUAUUUGGAUUUUGUAAGCUGGCUAAUAUCAGUGCAAGUAGUUGUACAGCCAGGUUUAUGUUGGGGCAUAUUUGAUGACUCCUUACUCUACAAUUGACAGAGGUGGCCAAGACAUCUAAGGUGCCGUGAAUCGCUGUGCAGAGUUGUGUCCCUUGGGCACGCCAGAAACCUAUGAUUGUGGGUUUGAAUCCCGGUUUGCCCCAAUUAUGUUUCUAGGUUUGUCAGCACCA